ACACCAUCAUCAUGGCCAAGACUUGGGGAGACGCACACGAACCCGAGAUACAGAAGAAGACUUGGAUGCCAGGGGCUGCCCUGCGAUACAUAGUUCCUUUGUUGGGGCUAUGGCUGCUCCUCCGCGGUUAUAUCGUCGCCGGUGAUGCGCACCCUGGCACGAACACGGAUUCACAGGCCAAAUGUCACCAGGUUCACCCUCUGUUUCCCUCAAGAAGCACAAAAGAGUUGAACAACACUGAAAUCUAUUUGGGGUCUGACGACUUCCGCAAGCUUGCAAUUGAGCGUCUGUCUGGGGCCGUGCAGAUCCCCACCCAAAGCUACGAUGACAUGGGCGAUAUCGGAGCAGAUCCUCGAUGGGACAUCUUCUACUCGUUUGCAGACUACCUAGCAGAAACCUUUCCGCUCACCCAUGCAACUCUUCAGUUUGAGAAGAUCAAUACGCAUGGCUUGUUAUAUACAUGGGCGGGAACAGAUGCAUCUCUCAAAGCCAAUCUUUUGAUGGCUCAUCAAGAUGUAGUACCAGUUCCGGAUAGUACGGUCAAGCAAUGGACACAUCCGCCAUUCUCUGGUCACUACGACGGGAAGUUUGUCUGGGGUCGUGGCGCGAGCGACUGCAAGAACCAACUCAUGGCUAUAUUCAACACGGUAGAAGCGCUUCUGUCAGCCGGUUUCACACCCCGUCGCACGCUUAUUCUUUCCUUUGGCUUCGAUGAAGAAAUAUCUGGUCGUGAGGGUGCGCAACAUCUUGCACAACACUUAAUCAAGAAGCAUGGACACAACGCCAUUGCUGCUAUCGUGGACGAAGGUGCUGUCAAUGUGGAAAACUGGGGCGCGGAUUUUGCGAUCCCAGGUGUUGCAGAGAAGGGCUACAUUGACGUUAACGUCGUCGUGCGCAUGCCAGGUGGCCACUCCUCGGUUCCGCCUGCUCACAACGGCAUCGGUGUUGCUGCCGAACUAAUUACUCUGGUUGAGAGCAACCUCUACGAACCACGCCUUGCUGAUGAGAACCCGUAUGUUGGUCUCCUUACUUGUGGUGCUGAGCAUGCCCCCGAGUUCCCCAAGAAGCUGCACCACUUGCUCGACCAGCGGUCUACCAAGAGCCAACAUUGCAAGAAGAGGGAAGACAAACUCGCUGUAGAAGCAGCCAAGGCUGGUCUUGGUGUCAAAUAUCUCUUCACGACUUCCGUUGCUGUGGACAUUAUUCAUGGCGGCGUCAAGAACAACGCUCUGCCUGAGCGCACGCAGAUUACUGUCAACCACCGGAUCAAUGUUGGGUCGAGUUCAAAGGACAUCAAGGAACACAUUUCCAGGCUUGCGGGUAUCGUUGCAAAGAAGUACGGUCUAAAGCUCAACGCGUUCAGUGGCACUGAGGAGCCUUCCAGUAUCACACUGUCACAUGGUCCGACUGUCCUCGAGCCUGCGCCCGUAACACCAACCACUCUCCAGUCGAGCUCUUCAAACGGUACACAUGUCACACCCUUCUCGGUUCUCUCCGGUACCACACGUGCACUCUAUGGCAAAGACCUCGUCGUUGCGCCUGGUAUCAUGACUGGUAAUACUGAUACACGUUACUACUGGGAUCUGAGCGAGCACAUCUUCAGGUAUGGACCUGGAUGGGAUAAGGAGCAGGCCGGCAUGGGUAACAUUCACACUGUGGAUGAGAAGAUUGGUGUACAAGCCCAUCUCGAUACAGUUAAGUGGAUGUGGGGCUGGAUCAGAAACAUGGAUGAAGCGGAUUUGUAGAUGGCUUUUUUGGUUGGAUUGACAAGCCUAUUGAAACAAAGGGAUUACGAUACAAGGUCCAAAAGGGGGUGACGUAGGAAGCUAGGUCGGGUCGCGAAUAGCAAUACGAAUCAAUAUAUCAGCGACAAGCGUAUUGGUUAACUCCACUACUUUUGUCCACAA